AUGGGCCAAGGAAUUGAACGUCUCGCCGUUUUAUUACGAGAUGAAAUUGAUGAACUGAAAUACAAGAAAGGAAACGAUAACGAUGCCGUGAACAAUAAAUAUUUACAGGAUCAAAUAAAUGCAAUUCAAAUAGAUAAGGACCAUGUUGAAAAUAGAAUAAAUGACGGGAAAAGAUACCUCAGACGAAAUAUUAAAAAUCUUGUGGACGAACCCAAACUACAACAAGAGUUGACGAGUUUGAAACGUCUUAUUCAAGUGGAUAAAACAAGUCAGUUGCAAAAUUUAAUAUCUAAAUUAGACGAUAAGAUUACGAAGGUAAAAAUAGACGUCCAACGUUUAAUAGACAACCCAAAUGUAAACGAGGAUAGAUUGAAACGAAAACUAACCGCUUUGGAAAGAAAACUUGGCGAAUUGCUAGCAGAACUAGACAAGACCGCGGACAAAACCGAGUUACAAAAUUCGAUAUCCAACGUGAACGAAAAGAUCGCGAAGCAAAAAUCAGAUGUUCAAGAUAUAAUUAACACACUUCCCAUUGACAAAGAUACGUUGAAGCGACAAUUGACUGCUUUGGAUACUAAAAUCACGGACGAAUUAGAAAAAGAAGUGGGUGUGAUUAAAAACUUUCUUCAAAAUAAAUUUCGAGAUGAUAUGAAAAAUUAUAUUAAAGAACAGGUCAAUCUUUUAGUAUCUAGAAUUCAUGACGAUUUUUUGAGACAAGAGAGAAAGUUGACCAAAUUAGAAGCUACAAGUCGUAUUAUUUCAAUCUUCCAUUCGAAAGUGACACUGUCUUCGAUGAAAAAGACCAAAUUUAUAAAUCAAACAAAUACGGAUUCAAAGCAGAAAUAA